GACUGCAAACAACCCACCAGCCUGUAUUAUGCCCAUGGUAACAAAGCAAGCGAAAUGGCAGAUGUAAACCCCAAGAGGGCAUCUCAGUUCUUGCAAAAAUGUAUUAAGCCAGAGGACAACGGAGGGGACGCACAGCCCAAAGAGGAGGUACUAGAAGAGCCGUCUCUGCCUGUUAUCACUCAAUCCUACCCUCAGACAGUGCAAGAGGAAAUAUCGAUGGUGUUCAACACCUACAACAUGGCAGCCAACCUCGGUCCAGCCUCCAGGAGGAAGAGGGAGAAAGGUGCGAAUCACGAUGGCACAAGCACCUCCCUCUAUGUUGACCGCCGCAAGUCCAAGGUGUGGAACUAUUACACCAAGCUGGGAGAUGCCUAUGUCGAGUGCAACGUGUGCAAGAAGCAGCUCUCCUUUCACAACAGCACCACCACCAUGCGGGAGCACCUGGUGAGGAAGCACAGCAUUCGCGAUACUUUGCUCUCGCAGCUGAAGGAUGACCAGGCUUCCGAGUCUGACUGCAUGGCUCAGGAGAACAUGAUAAAGAGGUCCCGGCAGAUGACACCGGAAAACUACCUGUACCAUGCCGCGUCCUGCUCGGAACCAAGGACUGAUGUGAUUCUGGAACUGGUGCUUGAGAUGAUAUUUCGUGACCUCCAUCCUCUUUCCGUGGUGAAAGACAAGGGUUUUGGCCUCCUCAUCGGGUAUCUAGAGCCCAAUUUUACCCUCCCAUCUCCUAUUCAGCUCUCCAGCAUGCUGUGGCAUAGAUACAAUGUGGUGAAGCAGCACCUGGAGCGCUAUUUGCAAACAGCCCAGUCCAUAGUCAUCUGCGUGGAGUUCUGGGUGUCCCAGCCCAACCAGACAUACUUGACAAUCACGGCCAACUUCAUCGACGGGGAGUGGCGCCGGGCAAGAUGUAUCCUGGAAACCCAGCCAGUGCAUGAGACUAAAGGGGAGGGCGAUUUAGGGGAGAAGCUCUUCAGCAUCCUGACAGAGUUUGGGUUGUCGAACAAGUCCAUUUUCUGCGUGAUGCACGACAGCCUGCAGAACACAGUGAUGAAUUCGCAGCCGCUCAAGAGGGCUUAUGGCUGGACCAGCCUGUGCUGUGCUGCCCACACUCUGCACCUGUGUAUCAAGGCAGGGCUGGAGGUCGAGCAGGUGCAAGAGGCUCUGACUGCUGCCCGGGGCAUCGUGAGCUACUUCCAACAGGAUGCGAAAGCCACCUGCUCGCUGAACAGCAAGCUGGAAGCGAUCAACAAGACCAAGUUGAAGCUGGUGAUGGAUGUGGGUUCUCGCUGGAUAACUACCAUUGAGAUGUGCGAGAGCCUCCUGGACCUCAAAUGGGCGAUCAUGUCCCUGCUGGAGGAACAUCCCAAAGGGACGUUGGCUGUGCAGAACUUAGCUGACCACCAGUGGAAGCUCUUGCAGGACCUGGUGCCGGUCAUGAGGACGAUUAAGAUCGCCACAUCAUUCUUGCGUGAGGAGCAGAACAUCUCCAUCUCUUCUCUGAUGCCUUGCAUCCACGGUAUCGUCGCUGCCAUUGGGCAGCAGUUAGAAGAGUCCAGCGACGUCAUCAAGAUGGUGGUAGGCAAUAUAAGGUCAGAGCUGAUGCAGCGCUGGAGUAUAUCAGAGGAUGAGAAGGUGCUGGAAAGCCCUGCGAUUAUUGCCUCGUUUCUAGACCCUCGUUUCAAGGAGAUGAGGUUCCUGAGUCCCAACCUGAGGAGUGAGCUGCAUAAGAGAGUCAAAAAUAUGCUGUCGGAGGUCUUCAACCACCAGUCCCCGCCUUCUACCCAGUUCUGGGUGCCGAACUCAGAUUACAAAGCAGAGGUAGGAGAAGCAGGGGGCCAGCUGUCUGCUCAUAAAGACAGAGGCCCAAAUGGCCAGUCCCAGAGCAUGUAUGACAUCCUUUUGGGAAAAGAUCCAACGGAGAGCAUGCCUGAAAUCCAUCAGCAACUGGAGAACUACAUCGUGGAACCUCUCUGCAAACGCAGCACCAACCCCCUGGACUGGUGGAAAACCAAUGAGCACCGCUUCCCCGCUGUGGCGAGAUUAGGCAGGCAGUACCUUGCCAUACCAGCCACUGUUGUGCUGCCAGACCAGGCCUUUGCUGCCAACGAGAGCACCCUGGAGCAUCGGAGAGCAGUCCUCACUCCUGAAAAUCUGGACCAAAUUCUGUUCUUGCACCAAAAUUUUGAUUUUUUAGAAUCAAUGAGAAACAGUAAUGAGAUGCGGGGCAGAAAUCUGCAUGCCCAGUAUUAAAAUGCAGUGGGGGUGGGGCUGAGUACAGAGGUGAUGUAUAACAGUGUUUAACGCUUCCCUACCUUCUCGGUGGAAUUUUGGAAAGGUGUCUGCCUAACUUCAUUCCCAUUGAAAUUAUCCUUUGAUGUCAACAGAAGCAGAGUUAAGCCAAUGCUGAGUGUUUUCAAAAUCCUCCCUACAUGUACAACACUGGUUUUGUAACCACUUUGUGAUAGUUUCAUCCAACUCAAAUACAAUACAAUUCCAGAGCGGAAAGAAAAUGUUAAGUUCUACCAAUUUGGACUUCUUAGCAUCACCUCUGAAUUUGGCCCUAGGGCGUGCUAGUAAAAUCCUAAAGGAUAUACAAAUUCUCAUUGUAGCAACCUUUUUACAAAACAAAGGUCAAAUAUAUUAAUAUAUGUAAAUGUUAAGACUGUUCACUGCUGCAUGGAUCCUACUACUACAUAGUCAAAAGCUGUGAGUUUUUAUGAAACAGGCCACUGUUCACUAUUUUGAGAUGUUAUUUAAGUUGCACUGAUGUUAAAAGUUUCAGUCCUCAGAGCUACUCUCCUCUUCACCAACAGGUUGGUCCUGGUAACAGAGAGAAGCAGAUGGAAUUUGUCCACUUAGGGCAGCCCUUAACACAUCAUCCAUUGGGUCACUAGACUGGAGGACAGAUCCUGUCUGUUGCCAGUUUUCAGAGGGUGCAUGGCUUGGUUGAGAGGCGAGAGAGCAGAAAAGCCCCCAGAAGUUCCACAUAAAGGGCCAGAGCCUCAGCUGGUACAACACAUCAAUGGAGCUUUGCCAAUUUACAUCAGCUGAUGACCUGGCCCGUAAACUUGAUUCUUCACUCACACACCAGUUUUAAAGCCAUGUAACUAUCUUCAAUGGAGAUACUCCUGACUUACACUGGUCUAAGCGGCUGAAGAAUUGGAUCAUAGUAAUUUUGCAUCAGUUUAAUUAAAGUCGGGUUUAAACUGCUUCAAGCCCCUGCGUGGACACUCUUAAUUUAGUUUAAACUGGUUUAUAUCAAUUUAACUUGCGUUGGUAAAUUUACAGGCACAAGCUAAAUCAAUAUGACCAGUUUUAAAUCAGUACAAGGGUAUCCACAGGGUUUGCACCUGUUUAACUAAACCGGUUUUUAACCUUUUUUUAGUUAAACCAGUGAAACUUGUGUGUGUAGACAAGGCUUGGGUGAGUGACAGGGCUUCAAAGUGAAGAGCACCUUGAGAUGAAUGGAGGCAAGUCAUGCCAAUGCACUGUUCGAGGCCUUCUGUUUGCACGCUCAGAAGACAGCUGGUCAUAUUUUAAGGGUUUCCUUUGCAGUUGUAAGGCUAGAAAGCUUUCUUUCAUUGUAGCGGGGUGGUCACCCUGCUCCCGACUUGGAGGGCUUAAAACAGCCCAUGGAGAGGGCUGUAGCGGCGAGGGGGGGAAGCUAGGCUGAUUGGGGGAAGCAGCUGCAGCUGGGGCCACGCCCCAAUCAGGCCACAGCUGGCCCUAUAAGAGGGCUGAGGGCCAGUGAGUGAGACACAAACACUCUCUCAAGGACCCGGCUGCCUGGGAAGCUGAGGCGGGUACUUAGGGUGCA